AUGUCCGCUCUCCGCAUCGUCCGCCAGCUCCCACGCUCCACAGCAACGAUCCGCAGCUUCUCCGCCGUACCGCAAAGAAUGGCAGGCGAGGGCAGCAACACCCAGAGCGACGCUUUCAGCAAGCGCGAGAAGGCUAACGAGGACUACUACGUCCGCGAGGAGGAGAAGAAGAAGCUGGAGGCGUUGAAGAAGAGGAUCGCUGACAAGGAGGCUGACCUCGCGAAGGAUCGCAAGGAUAUGGAGGAUCUGAGUGGUGAGAAGAAAUAG